AGGGAAGUUUCACCACCACCACCAUUCUAAUCUACUUAUAACCACACCUUAUGUCGGGGAAAUUCUCUAUUAUUCCUGUUUUACCAUUUGUAUGGGGCCAUUCAUAUGUUUUUGGCGCACAGAAAGCGAAAUAACGAGGCCAACAGUUUCAAUUUCUUACCACGAUCUUGACGACCAGGCCUCUACGGCUGCCAUGGAGGUCGACGACGGAGAUCCGCUGGAAUUGAUGAACGAAGUGCUUCCUGACAGCAAGCCGUUCGAUGCAGUUUUCUUCAAUUCAUUUGAAGAUGAUUUUGACGACAAUGAUAUCGCCUGAUCAGACCAUGCAUGGUUAAUAGAUUUGGAUGAUAUAGAUCCUUACAGUGAUUGGACAACACAAGAUGAGCUUCCAUUGUUUACCGAUGAUGACAUCUAUGAGUUGGAGAGUUAGGCAAUGGAGGAGGGGGGUGGAUUUGGAUUCACCUUGGAUGACAUUGAGGAGCAUGUGGAGGUUGAUGAUGAUGGGGAGUCAUUGCUAGUGCCAACAACAUCUGCAUCCAAGAUGGAGGUCGAGCCAUAGCCUGUCAUGCCAAGCAAGGUAGAAGAGCCAUAGUGGACUCCUAGGAUUAGAGAUACCUCUCCCCUAGUUUUUACUAGAGCUGGGAAGAGGAAGAUGUAAAUUGUUUUGAUGUAGUGUUUACUUUUAGUUUUAUAAGGUCAAUUUGCUAUUUUCAUUUUGUUCAGACUAUCAAACAUCAACAUUCCUCAUGAGGAUGUGAUUUUGUACUCAAUUUGCAUUUAAAUCAAUCAAAGAUAACUAGACUCAGCUUGUUUCUUUUA